GUCGGUUGGUUGUCAAGAUGGCGACGGCAGUGGUGGGGUUGCUGCCGCCACCUCUGCCACUGCCAAGCAAGGUCGCCGCCACAGCUGCCGUCGCCACCACAGCCACCAGCGUCGCUGCGCGGGAACGAGAGCUGCCGAGGCCAACCCUUCCGCGCCCGUGACGCGGGGCCUAGAGACGAAGUGUUGGGAGGGGCCGAGGAGGAGGAGGAAGCCGGAGCUGCCAUGAGGGAGGCGCUAGGGGCAAGCGGGGAGGCGUCUCUGAGGUGAAGGAUGCUGGCCGGGAGGCCCGGAGUCCGGAGCGCGGUGGCAGGCCUGGGCGCUGAAUCCUCGGACGCUCGCGACAGAGCCCCCCUCAGCCCUCGGUUGAGCGGCGGGCGUCACCGACCUGGCGCUUACCUAGAUAUGAAAAUCCAUCUAGAGAAAAAUUUAGAAGAAGAACGCCAAAUAUUACUGCAGCAACAAAAAAUAUGUCGAAAUCGAGCACGUAGAUAUUUUGUGGAGUCAAAUCGAAGAAGAAAAGCUUUUGAAGAGAAACAAAAAGAACAAGAAGAAAGAGAACACCAAAUCAGAGAACAAAUACUUCAACAAAGAAAACAGAAGUUUGAGGAAGUUACUGAAAAAUUCCAGCGUGCCCAUAUUCCUCUUUCACAGCGAAGGAGAGCAGUUUUCCAAAAACCAGUUCCUCCAUUGGAAGAGGCCCUCAAACAAAUUCAGGAAUCCAACUUAAAAUCAGAAGUAAACCUUCCCUCUUCCCACAGACCCACAAUAAACCGGAGAACUAUAAAUAAUGCCUUGGUUUCAUCAUUGUCAAAAAAUGAUCACAAGCAUCAGAAACAUCUCUUAUCCAAAAUCAAUUGUGAUAAAGAAAUGAAGGAAAACAGCAGGGCAAACUUGACUACUAACAAAGAUGCGUUCCAGCUUAAACUGGAGGAAACUCAGAAACUCCUAGAAGAUCAGCAUCUAAGCAGUUUGCAAAAAUUUCGUGAUGAAGUUAAUCAGAUAACAAAUUCUGAAACCCUCUCAAGUAUAGACAGUCUUGAGGCUGGGGCACAUGAAGAAAUAUAUUUAACACUUAAUAAGGAGCCUUCCACAUCAAUCCAGCAGAAUUCUGUUUUCCUCACAUUGGCAAAUCUGCAAUCAACUAAUCUAAGCUGCUUUGAUGAAGAUAAACUGUCAUUCUCUAAAACUCAACGUAUAAAUAAUUGGCUUACAAAUUUAGAUGAUCCAAAUACUCAGACUGUUACACCUUUCUCAGAUAUUUUAAGUAAACCUAAUGUUCUACCUUCAUGUGAAUGUUUUAAUAGUAAAGAACAAAAUACAUCUGCUCUGAGUAGAACUGUGGAAAGAGCCACAGAUACUGCUGAUAAUUCAGUAGCCUUUGUAUAUAGUCCACCCAUAUUUGUUCAAGACAAAAAAAGUGAAAAGAUCUCUGAAACUAGCACUAUGAGGACAACUGACUCUUCUUCUGGAGCAUUCAAAAAGGAAAGACCAUUAGUUACUGAAAGCCCAACGUUUAAAUUCAGCAAAGCCUGGACCACUCCAGAUUCUCUAAGCCAGGAAAUGGCUGCAUUUUCGGACCAAAAGAAAUAUUCUGAAUUAACUCAAGAAAAAAGAACUACUUCAAUUCCUACUUCAUUUGUACCUGUGACAACGCCUUUAGUUUUGCCAUCUAAUAGACAAUCAGCUAGGCCUUUACCAAACAGCAGUAUACAGAUAAAAGAAAUUGACCCAGUGCAGUGUUCUGAUAAGUUAGGGGAACUGGAAGGUAUUAAAGAUGAAAAGAUAAAAUAUUUUAAUUUUAAUAAGGAAGAGUUGCCUUUCUUUUCAGAUGAUCUUCAAGCUGCCUAUAUACCUCACAACUCUGAUUCAAAAGAUAAAAAACAGAAAAUAGCUGAAACGCCAACAUCAUUGUCUAAUAUAAUAUCUAAUUGUGACUUAGUUGGUCAGCACAAAAAAAUGAAAUACGACAUUCAUGAGAGAAAUGGUGUGAAGUUUCUUAAAAGUAUUUUAAAAAAAGAAUCUAAGUACGAACAUGAUUGCUUUAAGGCACUAGUUAUAAACCAAGGCUUCAAGUUAGGAAGUCAAAAAGCAGCAAUUAUCAGAGAUAGUAUUGAAUUAACAAAAGAAAAAGGAAAAGGUUCAGAAAUUCCAAAGACUAUUAAAAAACUGAGAUGGUUUGAUGAAACUGGAGAUACAGAAAAAAAUGCUGAAGAUAAUCAUUCACUGAAGAAUAGAUUAGGAAUAUCUCAACAGUGGUCUCACCCAUUCCACAUUCAAACUGAAAGUGGUACUGCCAGCAACAUAAUUAGUGUUCCCACCUGUGCUAUAAAUUCUGCUGACAGAAAAAAGCCCAAGGAUGAUUCUGUCUCUGGAAAUGUCACUGCUUCAGAAACACCUGGAAUAGACCAUGUGCCUUUGAACUGUUUUAUACCUUCAGGUUGUAAUAUUGCUAAACAUGCCUUGUCAGCCUCAAAAAGAGAGGAAAGUAAAUCCCCUGUGGAUAGUGGUGAUUCUAAAACUCAGAAAGCUAAUCCACAAAGCAGUAGAGCAAAAGUAAUUAGAAGAACAAGACCUGCUAAAGUCCAAUCAGGCUUUAUAUAUACGAACAGAAAAGGUACUGUUAUUCGACCACAGUCUGCAAGCAAAGCCAAUACAUUUCUACAAGCUCAGGGUAAAUUAAUUGUACCUCAUCCCCCUCCUAAAUCUCCAUCAAAUAUUAGGAGUGGUAAAAAUAUACAAGUAUCUCAGUGUCAAUUAGUAAUAUCUGAAAAUUCUCAAAACAUAAUUUCACAUAACUAUUUUAAUUCAAAUUAUGUGCUUCCAGCAGAAAACAAAUUGAAUCAAUGGAAUCAAGAAAGUAGUCUUCCACUCUCACAUGUUUGUUCUGACUUAGACACUGUGAUGCCAUCUCUACCAUAUUGUUCUUCUGAGUGCCAAACUUUAGCAAAAAUAAAUCAUUCAAAUGGCAUUCACAUGGUUGCCCAGCAAGAUGAGACAUUACAUUAUACCCAAAGAUGUCCUGUUUAUGAAGAAAGUCAUCAUUCUGUGACUCUUAGAACUACUAAAGAAGAAUCUGUUCCCUUGUGGAAAAGACAGCAUAAUAUUCUGGGUCAAAAUGAAAAGGCUGCUGAUUCUACCGUUAUAAGAAGAAAACGAAUUGUUGAAAAUAAGCAGAGAACUCUUUUAGAGCAGAAAAGAGAAAACCCUGGAUCUGUAGGACAGAAGUAUAGUGAGCAAAUGAAUAAUUUUGGACAAAGUGUCCAGCUAAGUUCAAGUGAGCCAAAACAAACCACAAGGGGUACUUCUAAUAUUGAAGAAGUUUCAGACAGUACUUCUGAGUUUUUGAUGGCUGAAAACCUAGUGAAUGCUUCAGUGCCUGAGGAUGAAAUUCUAACUGUCAUGAAUAGCAAGCAGCUACAGAAAUCAAAUCUGGCUUCAAAUAAGACCCAGCGAUUCAAUAUCUGUGCACUAUCAGCUGAAGAACAGAAGAUCCUACAAUCCCUUAAUCGUCUCAAUGAAAGGUUACACUUACUAUGUACAAGAAACCAUUUGCAAAAAUCCAUCCAUCAAAAAUACCUUACAAAUAAUACCAUUUCCGAACAGCCAGCCAAGGACCAGUCUAUCUCCUGAUGUUGAAUCCAGACUGCAGAGAAAAUACUGAUGAAGUAUAACAGUAACUAUU